AUGACCAUCCUUGUUAUACGGACACCCACACACCCCGGAAAAAAAAAGGAGACACCCAAGUCUCGAGGCGUCCUGUCCUUGCCCUCCAUCGCCGAUAUCAUCGUCCAUGGAGAUCGCCGGGACCGCGUUCAUUACUUGGUUGGAGUGGCUGUGGCGUCCAUGUUCUUGGGUGCUACAGCCUUCCUCUGCUUGAGCCACCAACGGGAGCUCCUCUUGGCUCCAGUUAGCCCCAGGCGGAAGUACUACAUUCUAAUGCAUUUGUUCCCCUUCGUGGUGGCCUGCUCCUGCUGGUUUCAGGUGGCGGCUCCUGAGCUUGCAGUGGGCACGCUGCUGCUACAGGAGAUCUGGGAGGCUCUAGCCCUGCACUUCUUCGCUUUAGCCAUCAUUGACCUCAUGGGAGGCCCUGAGACCACAGUGAGGAUCUUAGCUAACCUCGAGCCGCGAGGGCUCUUUGGGCGCAACCGCUGGUGCGUGCCGCCUUGCUGCUGUGCUGUGGCUCUGCUCCCAUGCGCAUUCCGAGACGGUACAGCCGUAUUUGACGAUAGAACGCUAAGCAAGAUGCUGACCUUGAUUGAGCAAUACUGCUAUGUGGCGCCUGUAGCAGCAUCUGCCAUCACCGUGUUGGACUUCAACACUAGUCAGCGCCAGCUGCAUGUGGAGUGGCUCUUUCUGGCGGAACUUUUGGUUCAGCUGGUGCAAUCUGUUUCGAUGUUCUGCUGCCUGCAGGCUCUUUUUGCCCUUUAUCGCGCCACGCAUGAUGUGCUGCACCGCUACAAGACCACCUCGAAGUUCUUGGCCAUUAAGAUGUUGAUUCUUUUGUCCUUGAUCCAGAAAACCUUGGUAGUGUGGAUCUUUCACACAUCGCUUGUGCUGAUUCCGGGCAGCCGAGUCUUUACACAUGCUGACGCCGCCACGAGAGUUCAGGCAUUUCU